AGCCUGUGGUAUGAAUUUUCACUGUCAGUUCUGUCUGUUCCUUGCUGCGUGGCCAGUCGUUUACGCUGCCUUAGACUCGGUUAGGAGUGUCAGAAUUUAAAAUUGCCAGUGUAGCUUCCCAAACGACAUGAAGUUAUUUUUUGCUUUAGCAGUCUGUCUGCAGUUGUUUACAUCUUGGACUACAGCAUUAGACAGUUAUGUUGCAGUACCAUGCAAUGGUCAGGGAGUGGUAGCUUUGGCAGAACUGACAGUUGAUCACAUCAAUAAAGAACGGAAGCAUGGAUACAAGUUUAGCCUGGACAGAAUAGAAAAUGCACAGGAAAUGCAGAAGGCAAAUGAGACUACUAUCCAUUAUUUGGAAAUUGAUAUUCGAGAGACAAAGUGCCAUGUGCUGAACCCAAAAGCACUCAAUAAUUGUGAAAUCCGACCGUUCAAGGAAACUAAAGGAGAAGGGGAUUGUAAGGUGCUCAUUGAGACCAAAUCUGGAGGACCCAGUCAUGUGACAGGCUACAAGUGUGAAAUAUCUUCAGAUUCAGCGCAUGAUGUUGCUGAAAAAUGUCCUGACUGUGCACACCUAAUACUUACAAAUAGCACUGAAGCUGUACAUGCAGUGGAAGUCUCACUGAAAAAAUUCAAUCAAGAAAGCAACCAUGCACACAGAUUUAUUCUUCAUGAAAUAGCACGCUCUUCCUCAAAGGGGCUGGGAACUCCGGUGUUGGUGGAAUAUAUCAUUCGGGAGACACCCUGUCGGAAGGACAGUGAUGCGUGUCCACUGAUUGCACUUGCAAAUCCUACAUUUGGAUUCUGUGUAUCCACUGUCGCUCCUGUCAAUUCCACUGCGGAAACCAUUGUGGAAGCUUGCGAGCUCUUCGGCGCAAAGGCACCAGAAUGGGAAGGUGGUGUUGGACCUGUGGUAAAACAGGAAGGAGAUACUGGGGCUUUACCAGAGGUUGGUCCUGAUGCUCAUGAAGCAGAAGGUCAUGUUUCUCCAGCUCCAGAUACUGCAACUGUUUCUGCAGUAGUAGAAGAAUCUGACAGUAUGCCGAAACAGAAACGAUCUACCCACGACUCUUCAGAAUCCUCUGAAGAACAGGUUGCCGGUGGUAUGGGACAAGUUAUUCACUUCCCCGACCUACCUGAAGAUCCAACAACGUGCCCAACAAAACACAAGUACCCUGAGGAUCAGUGAAAGGAUUUGAUACCCUUUGUCAUUCCAAAAGUAAAAUAAAACUAUUCUUCACAACAUUGUGCAAUAUUUUCCAGAUGGUUAAUUAAAUCAAAAGCAUAAAAAUGUAACCCAAUGUUUCCUGAAUACCUUAUCUUAAAGGGAUUAACAGAAAUAAAAUUUUAAGGUAAAAUGUACACGGAAUGCACAAUUGAAUUAAAUGCCAUAAUGUAGCAGCAUCGGUUAGAAGAAGACAUUUAGCCAGUGUGAUUUUGUAAAUCCUGUUCUGUUGUUGUGUGAUACUGCUACUUUUUAUGUGCAAUAAAAUGUGUUUAGAAUUAGCAUA